GUUACUAUUUCAUCUUUUCCUCUCUCCUCGAUAUAACUUUCAGGUUGUACGUCGGACCUGGGGUAAAGAGGGACUUUUCAAAAAUGGUGUUUCCAUCCGCACUCUUUUCCUCCUCGGGGUUCCCAGGAAUCGGACAGCUUUGCCUCUGUGGGAUCGGCUUUUGACCUACGAGAGUCAAACGUUUAAGGACAUCCUGCUGUGGGACUUUGACGACACCUUCUUCAACCUGACACUGAAGGAAACACAUUUCCUUGAAUGGGUUAACAACAGCUGCCCUCAUGUCAAAUUCAUCUUCAAGGGCGAUGCUGAUGUGUAUGUUAACGUGGAGAAUAUACUAGAGAUGCUCCAAGGUCAAAAGCCAGACACAGAUCUGUUUGUGGGUGAUAUUAUUAUCCAUGCUAAACCCAUUCGCCGGCGCAGUUCCAAAUACUAUGUGCCAGAGUUUGUCUACGGAGGGGGCUUGUACCCAAAUUACGCUGGUGGAGGGGGGUUUGUCAUGUCAGGACAUACGGCUCGGAGACUUAGCUCUGCCUGUCAACAGGUGGAAUUGUUCCCCAUUGAUGAUGUCUUUCUGGGAAUGUGCCUCCAGCUGAUCGGUGUCAAACCAUCGCGUCACCAGGGUUUCCGUACCUUCGGGAUUCCCCGUCCGUCUGCAGCGCCCCACCUUCAAACAUUUGACCCGUGUUUUUACAGGGAACUGAUGGUUGUUCACAGCCUCAGUGUUCCUCAGAUCUGGCUCAUGUGGAACCUCCUGCACGACCCCGAGCUGAGUUGCCACAACAGGACCAGCCCGACAUCCUGGCCAUUUAGGUGGAAGGACAAGAUGGUAGAAACUGAAGGAAAAGAGACGGACUACGGUGAGAAACAGGUGUUUGUCACGCAUUAGAAGGGGCAAGGACAAGGACAAAAUGCUUCAAAAAGCAGGAUCUCUGAAAACUUGAAAGCCUUUUUAUGUGUUCAGGAGCACAGAUGAGUCAUAUGAUCCAAGCUGGCAGACCAUGUUUGGGGAAAUGAAUUGGCAAAGGCCUAAUGUUCUUCAGACUUUCAACCAGAGAGCCCAGACAGAAUCAGGCUUUCAACAUCCAAGCCCAUCUGAACAGAUAAACAGCAAGAACUUGAUCCACCAAAAAGAUUGAGAGAAGACUUUUGAAUGUGCAAUCCGAAUGUUUUGGGUUUUAAUUGUUUACACAGAGACACAAUUUGAUCCACAUAAAAAAACACACAUGGUUAUUAACGGGUUUAAACCCAUGCAAGCAAAGAGUCAGGACUGGAGAUGGCUGUGUGUGCUGGGGGAAAGUAAAGACUGAAUCAUGAGCAGAGGUGUUCCCUCUCCCUUAAUGGAGGCACAAAUGGGCAGUCGCACUAUCUGUUCCCUGGAGGAGGAACAAAUGGAGCCUAAAUGGAACCAGCUGCACAUUGGGAAAACACACACACAGAGAGAGAGACACACGAUACAAUCUCUACUGAAUGUUUGGGAAUAAGCCAGAUAUUUGAAGAAUCAGACAUGCAUACUUUUAUGUGAACAGUAUUUCUUACUAUUAUCAAUAUAAUAAUUUGAUUUGUAUAACUCUGUGUUUUUCAUUAAAACUCUUUACCUUUA